CGAGGAAUGUUUAUUAACCUCUCACUCCUUCACAGCAGAGGAAGAAUGGAAAUUUCCAGUGCCAAAGGAACAAGGAUUAGGAGUUUAUUGUAAAAAUAGGGGAAAAGGCAAGUUUCUAUUGCUUUGGUUUUGCACAGGACUGAGCUGCAGGAUGUCAUGCAGAGACCAUCACUGCAAGACCUCAUCUGCACCAAUCUAUGUUUCCACUGUGGAAGUGAUGUUGUCUUCCAGUAGAGUGACCCCACCACCAACCUUUGAAUCAGCUGUGCAGGGGCGGCCUUUCCAGAAGAUGCCAUCUUCAGCAUGGUAUCUUCCAGCUGGUCAAUCAGCAACAGAGAGUACUCCAAGAAAUGUCACCUUGCCACCAAGCAACAUAUCUUCUGGGGUUUACUGUUCAAGGUUAGAUGUCAUCUUGGCUCAGACAAAUAGGAGGAAAGUUUUCAGGAAAGAUAACCCAUGCAUGAAUCCUUCUGACAUGGCAUCUACAUGUUCCAAUCUUCGCAGAGACUCUCGAGGCACCGGAUGUGGGAGUUUGGGCAUUUGGUCCACACCCACAUCUUGUAAGCAAUGCUCAGUAGGAAAUCAAAGUGCCUGUCACUCUUCCACUGAUAAAAAUGGUCCCAUGAAGCUUUCAGUGUCUUUGCCUUCUGCUGCUUCUUCCUCAAAAGCCCCACCAAGCUGGACAUCACGUCUAGAUGUUGCUCUUUCUGCCAUUCCAGCUGUUUCACCACUCCAUAGCAAAAGGAUGCAUACAACACUGGCAUCUCGUAGCUCAGCCCCAUCCCAACGUGGCUACAGUCAGUGCAGUGUUCCAAUUCCAGACCUUCAUGCUUCAGUGAAGCUCUACAUUUCAACCUGCAGUUUGGCAAUAAAGCCUUUUAGAACUGAUACUCAAGUGAGCAACCAUGCUCAUUCCAGUCUUCUAGUGCCACAACUAGAGAAGAUGUCUGGUACAUCUGCUGGUCUCCCACCAGGAUCCCAGGUGUCUAAACAAGAUUUCUCCUCACCUGGGUCUCCAGCUCUUCAGAUUACAAGAUUUCAUGUGACUUCCUCUGCCGAGUGCCCUGGCCUUCCUCAGCAAACAGUCUCCAGAGAAAUAUGGCUGACGCCAGCUGUGCUGACUAGAAGAGAAAGUUCUGUUGGUGGAAGUGAGGUCCCCAACACUGAUUUAGAUCCCGAUCUGAUCAUCUUUCAAAACAACCAUUCAUCUGAGACAGCAUUUGGGAAGACUCCAUGUGAAAGGCUAACACCAGCUCACCACAAGAUUUCCAAAAUAACCCUGAUACUUGCCACCCCUUGGACUACUGUGCCUAUCCACGUGGUAAGAGAAUUCAGAAAAAGUCCAGCACCAACCAUCUUUAUCAAAUCACAUGAUCCAGAUGCACCUGGCCCACCCCUUCACCCCAUUGGGAUUGGGGCUGGCCUCUCCUUAUCAGUGAAUCCAGUUUGCUGUCCAGAAUUGCUCUCUUCACAACAACAUUGGGCAACAUCUCGUUCAAGGCCUUCCCAAGAUGCAUGCACUGUAGGAACCGUAGCUCCUGACAACCUCUUAACAAACAUACCAGCCCGCACUGCAAAUGCACCACACAGAGCCGGCAGGGGUGCUUGGUGUCCAUCUAUCGCUGUGAACAUUGCCUCCUUUGGAGCUGGGAGGAGAGUGGUAAAGAUAUCCAUUCCAUUCUAGGAACAUUUGCAAACAGACCUUGGUUAGCCAAGCCAUGUGGAUUCCUCCUUGUUUUCCUCCUGGUGGAUUUUUCCUUCCUGAAAUUGUAGCUAAGCUAUAAAACAUGGCAAAGGAAGUAAUAUGCCUUUAAAGCAGCU